AUGUCUGCGUAUCGAGCAGCAAAACAGAAGAUUUCUGAGAAUCAAACGAGUGUUGACUGGAUCAUCCUCAACAGUUCGGAUGCAUCUGUCAAGGAUUUCGAGACAUCAACGGCAGCGCAAAAAGUCUAUUUUACAGACAGAGGUGCUCCUGAAGAUUCGUCGUUUUUAGGGGUAUUUAGAGAAGGCUCGGGACUUUUUUCGCAAUGGAACGGCACGCGUAAGAGGAUGUGUGAUAUUGCGGAUAUUCCACUUCCGGGAGCGCACAACGUACAAAACACCCUCGCUGCUAUUGCUGUAGGACUGAUUUUUGGUGUGUCAGAAACACAAAUUAGAGAAGCACUUCAGCAGUUCGACCGGUCGCAUCCUGCUUUAUCGCACGCGUUUGAACCCGUAAGGACUUUAAUGGGUGUUGAAUUUAUAGAUGAUUCAAAGGCAACAAAUGUGGCGGCAGUUAAGGCAGCCCUUGAGUCAAUAAAAGACUCUCAAAUUGUCCUGAUAAUGGGUGGCUACGACAAGGGUAAUGACUACACACCACUACGUGAAAUUGUUCAGACCCGGGUCAAAGCCGCCGUGAUGCUUGGUGAGUAUACCCAGCAGAUUGAAAAAGUGCUUGCCGAUACAACAGAUAUAAUAAAGGCGAAAACGAUGGCACAAGCGGUACAAGCUGCCUACAAACUUGCGUCACCGGGAGAUGUCGUCCUAUUGUCACCUGCAAAUGCAAGUUUUGAUAUGUACACCGACUAUAAGGCACGCGGUGCCAACUUUAAAGCAGCGGUUGACGCGCUUCAAUCACUUCAUUAA